GACAAAUAAUUGAAGUUGAUUGCUAUGUUUCUUUGCAUCCUGUCCAAAAGUUUUGUCAUGGCUGCUCUAGAAAAUCAACCUUUCACUCCGUGCCCAGUAAGGACAUGAUGACUAUUUGUACAACACAAGGUCGCUUUGACAUAAACAGUACAUCAUUCAAGUGUGUUUCUUGUUCAGCAUUCUUGAUGCCGACACUUGCAGAUAUUCUUGGUAAUGGCUACUGGCCAGCAAAUCCAAAGUCUUUAAAUGUGUUAUUUUCACAGGAUUUACUUCUGCUGUGGAACACAAUGCAAAAGAGAAUGCCAGGUUGUUCUGAGUCCAGUUUUAUUAGAUCAUUGGAAGACAUAAGUGUUUCAAAAGGAAGGUUUGGAUCAAUAAAUCCACGAACGUUCACAAAAGCCUUUCGAGAAUGGAAAUAUUUUAAUUAUGAGGUGGAAAAAGCCCAGGAAAAGAGUGGAUGUUUUGUCCUAGUUGCUCAUCCAACCAACACUCCUGUCAUAGAACAAAGUCAGUCUUACUAUGGAGAUCUUUUUAUUUCUUCGAAUGAACAUGUUUCAGAGCAUAUUAGAAAGGUUUAUUCCACUCCCCAAGUUCGGAACUUUUCUGAUGACGGGAAAUGUGGUGAAAGUAAUUGGCGAGCUGCUGGAAAUAAAGGAAAACGAAAGAGUCGUCUAGACGAAACAGGACUGGAAAUUGCAGGUUGCCGGCAUGCAAUUGCUCAGUGGGCUGUAAACAUGUUUCGCGGAGAGAUUUAUGGCUACUCUAAUUACAUCCAUGUUCACAAAAUGAUUCCAAACAAUGUUAAAUACAUUUGGCAAGAUAUCAUAUGUAAAUAUUGGAAGUGGGCAGUGAAGGCAUCAAAGUCGGAUGAGUCAAAUGCUCACGAAAUAAAACCUGCUUUAUCUGUGAUGCAUGCCAAAGCACAUAAUUGGACAUGCCAGGUACACUGGUAUUGUGGGAGGACGGUGGCAAAAGGUUCUGCAUAUUCCACAGGAGAGGAAGUUGAGCAGAUUAAUAGUUACCUUUCGAGACUGGCCAACACUACAAAGUACAUGUUACCCGAGUCAAGAGAAGAACUCAUAACUGAACAUGCUCUUGCGUGGAAUAAACGGAAAAUAUGUGAUCUGUCCAGCUCCCUCUGCAAGAGAUAUGCAAAGUAUAUAGAAGCUCAAGAAAAUACAAGGAAAGAACUUGAUGAAAUGGUUUCUGGCGUAAAUCUCUCUCCGAACCACGUUGAUUUCUUGCAGUGGAAGAGUGAAGUUCAAAGUAUUGCAAAAGAAAUGGAAAGCUCCUUCUUCACGUAUUUAGCCGAAGAAGAGGAAUUGUACGUUUUGAGCUCCUCUUUAACCGAUACCUCUUUAUUGACAUCAAAUGUAAACAUCUCGUGUGUUGAGACUGAAGACUAUCUUUCUGCCCUGUCAAAAAAGAUAAUUCAAAGAUACUCCACCGUUGAGGAUAAACGUAUAAGUGUCGGCAUCAAGAAUGCUGAACAAGAAACACACUUGAAUGAUGUACUGUUUAUGUCAAAGCGACCUAACAAUAGAAAAAGAUUAAUAAACAUGAUAACUAAAAAGACAUUAUGUACAUAGGAUGGCAGUUUACUGUAUACAUGUAACUAUUACAGUAUGUAAGAAGAAUACUACAGUAAAUUAAUGAGUAAAUUAUAUAGUAGUCCUUCACAACACUGAUGAAGAAGGAAAUAAAAAAUGUUUAAAGAUUAAUGUCAA